AUGGCUUGCGUGAUGACAGAGGAACGCGCAAACUUCGAGGCUGUUGGAAAGCGGGCGAUCGCCGAUCUAUGGAAGUACCACAAUCAUCCGGAGAACUUCCAAUCCAGCAAGUUUUCUGAAGGCGACAUCAAGGUCUACACAAUGAAAAGUGACAACCCCGACUGUCCCGAGGAUAUCGCCAAAGCUUCCAUCUCUCUAGAAGGCACUACUCUCAACCACGCACUUGCUCUGGUUUUGCCAUGGAUGCCUUACAGACCGCAAUGGGAUGAUCUUCUUGCACGAGCAAAGGUGCUCGCAGCGGAUCCACGUACCGCACUCCUUACUCAACCACUUGCAGAUGUGCGGACGGCAGUGGGAAAUAAAUCCGAGGCAAUUGAUGUGUAUCAAAAGAAGAACAAUCCAGCGGUUCCGUGUUCGACGCACUCAACGCACAAUGUUGGUGAGCUGAAGAGUGACGAACGAAAGCUUUCAAAGGGCACCUCUGACGGCACUUCAUCGCAAGUCCUGAGAACGAACAAAGACAAAGUCACGCAACUGACCAACGAGAACAAGAAAGCUUCCGUGAAGAAAGCCGAGGCCAAGGAUCCGCAAUAUGAUACCAUGCAUGGUUUGGGCAGCGACAAUCUUUUUGCCAAUGAUGUUGGCGAGAAAAAGAAAUCGUUGAGGCAACAAAAUAAGGUUCCGAAAGACGACGACGAUGAUGCCGAUUAUGUUUGCCUCGCCGAAAUGAAAGAUGACGACUUU